GAGGGAGGGAGGUAAUAUUUCAAACACCCUUACUCAGUGUAUCAUGGCAUACAUGAUCACACACUAGACUAGAGCAUGACUACCUGUUAAUUUAAGACAUAAAUGUCCUGAUACUUUUAUUACAUCCAAGACUUAAGUGAUUUAAGAGAUUGGACGUCUAGACUUUUCAGUGUCUUCGGUCGUUUGAUUCAAGAAAGGAGGCAAAGGUCCAGAUUACAUCUGAAGACGGAGUUUGAGAACAAAUUACUUUCUCUAAAACUGCAUUUGACCGGGAUUGAAUGCAGUGGUCCAGUGAUAAAGCACUUUUGCUUUGGGACAUUGCUGGAUUUGUAGUUUAAACCAGGCUGUGAACAGUGACGGAAUUCGGGUGAUGAUGGAGAGCGCCCUGACAGCCAGGGACCGGGUGGGUGUCCAGGACUUCGUCCUGCUGGAGAACCACACCAGUGAGGUGGCGUUCAUCGAGAACCUUCGCAAGCGCUUCAAGGAAAACCUCAUUUAUACAUACAUUGGUUCAGUGCUGGUGUCCGUGAACCCGUACAAAGAGCUGGAGAUCUACACUAAGCAGCACAUGGAACGAUACAGGGGUGUUAAUUUCUAUGAAGUUUCACCUCAUAUUUAUGCUGUGGGAGAUAAUGCCUAUCGCUCCAUGAGGACUGAGAAACGAGAUCAGUGCAUCCUGAUCUCGGGUGAGAGCGGAGCCGGCAAGACCGAAGCCUCCAAAAAAGUUUUGCAGUACUACGCUAUCACCUGCCCCGCCAACGAGCAUGUGCAAAGCGUCAAAGACCGCCUGCUUCAAUCCAACCCUGUUCUGGAGGCUUUUGGAAAUGCGAAAACUUUACGAAAUGACAAUUCCAGUCGCUUUGGAAAAUACAUGGACAUUCAGUUUGACUUCAAGGGUGCUCCGGUAGGAGGUCACAUCCUGAACUAUCUGCUGGAGAAGUCUCGCGUCGUGCAUCAGAGUCACGGCGAGAGGAACUUCCACAUUUUCUAUCAGCUCAUCGAGGGAGGAGAAGAGGAUCUGCUGAGGAGGCUCGGUCUGGAGAAGAACGCCCAACAGUACCAGUAUCUUGUGAAGGGUAACUGUCCCAAAGUAAGCUCCAUAAAUGACCGCAAUGACUGGAAGGUUGUGAGGAAAGCUCUGAGUGUCAUUGGCUUUUCUGAUGACGAGGUGGAGGAGCUUUUGAACAUUAUUGCCAGUGUUCUUCACUUGGGGAAUGUUCAAUAUGGAGGAGAGGAUAGCGGAAAUGCUUAUAUCACUACAGAAACCCAGAUUAAAUACUUGGCCAGGUUGAUAGGAGUGGAUGGCUGUGUUCUUAAAGAGGCUCUAACACAUAAAAAGAUCAUUGCCAAAGGAGAAGAGCUGAUCAGUCCCUUGAACCAAGAGCAGGCGAUAUCAGCACGAGAUGCCUUAGCCAAAGCAAUAUAUGGACGCACUUUUACCUGGCUGGUCAACAAAAUUAAUGACUCUCUGGCCUUCAAGGAUGAGACGUUUAACAGUAAAAAUGCCUCUGUCAUUGGACUGUUGGAUAUCUACGGUUUUGAGGUCUUUCAGAACAACAGUUUUGAGCAGUUUUGUAUCAACUAUUGUAAUGAGAAGCUACAGCAGCUCUUCAUUGAACUGACUCUGAAGUCAGAGCAGGAAGAGUAUGAGGCUGAGGGAAUCACGUGGGAGCCUGUGCAAUAUUUUAACAACAAGAUCAUUUGUGAUCUUGUGGAGGAGAAAUUCAAAGGAAUCAUUUCCAUCUUGGAUGAAGAGUGUCUCCGGCCUGGAGAUGCUACUGACAUCACAUUCCUGGAGAAGCUUGAGGACACUGUCGGUGGCCACCCGCAUUUCCUAACUCACAAGUUGGCUGAUGGAAAAACACGGAAGGUUAUGGGUCGGGAAGAGUUCAGGCUGAAUCAUUACGCAGGAGAAGUCAACUACAAUGUAAACGGUUUCCUGGACAAGAACAAUGAUCUCCUUUUCAGAAACCUGAAGGAGGUCAUGUGUAUGUCCGAAAACAAAAUACUCACUCAGUGUUUUGACAGAGAAGAGCUUACAGACAAGAAACGUCCAGAAACGGCAGCGACGCAGUUCAAGAACAGUCUGGCGAAGUUGAUGGAAAUCCUGAUGUCUAAGGAUCCGUCGUACGUGCGCUGCAUCAAACCAAAUGAUGCCAAGCAAGCAGGGCGUUUUGAUGAGGUUCUCAUCAGGCAUCAAGUGAAAUAUCUUGGUCUGAUGGAGAACCUUCGAGUGAGGAGAGCUGGCUUUGCAUACCGCCGUCGCUAUGAGACCUUUUUACAGAGGUAUAAAUCCCUGUGUCCUGACACCUGGCCAAACUGGGAUGGUCGUCCGGUGGACGGAGUGUCCACACUUGUAAAGCAUCUCGGCUACAAGCCUGAGGAGUACAAACUUGGCAGGACCAAAAUCUUCAUCCGUUUCCCCAAAACCUUGUUUGCAACUGAAGAUGCGCUUGAAGUCAGAAAACAAAGUCUUGCUACCAAACUGCAGUCAUCCUGGAAAGGCUACACUCAGAAAACAAAAUACCGGAAAAUGCGACAAUCAGCUGUCCUGGUCCAAGCUUGGUGGAGAGGAAUUCUGGCCCGGAGGGAAGCAAAACGUAGAAGAGCCGCUGCCGAUACCAUCCGCAGGUUCAUCAAAGGCUUCAUGUAUCGCCACCAACCACGUUGCCCAGAGAACGAGUACUUCCUGGACUACGUUCGUUACUCAUUCCUAAUGAACCUACACAGGAACCUGCCUAAAACAGUUUUGGAUAAAAGCUGGCCAACACCCCCUCCUCCCCUCAUCGAGGCUUCAGAGCAUCUUCGCAAGCUGUGCAUGCAGAACAUGGUGUGGAAGUACUGCAAAAAUAUCAACCCAGAAUGGAAGCACCAGUUGGAGCAGAAGAUGGUUGCAAGCGAAAUCUUCAAGGACAAGAAGGACAAUUAUCCACAAAGUGUCCCGAAACUUUUUGUGGGCACGAGACUUAAUGGAGAGGAAAUAAACCCUAAAGUGCUUCAGGCUAUAGGAAAUGAGAAGAUGAAGUAUGCGGUUCCAGUCACUAAGUAUGACAGAAAUGGAUACAAAGCUCGCAACCGACAGCUUUUACUGUUGUCUGACAGCGCAGUCAUUGUGGAGGAGGCCAAGUUGAAACAGCGAAUCGAUUACAGCACAUUGAAAGGGAUUUCUGUAAGCUCUCUGAGUGAUGGAAUAUUUGUUCUCCAUGUUGCCUCUGAAGACAAUAAGCAGAAAGGGGAUGUUGUGCUUCAGAAUGAUCAUGUCAUUGAGACGUUAACCAAAGUGGCUAUCUGUGCUGACAAGAUCAACAGCAUUAACGUUAACCAGGGAAGUAUAAAAUUCAAUGUGGCACAAGGAAAAGAAGGGAUCAUAGAUUUUACAUCUGGAUCAGAGAUGCUGAUAGCCAAGGCUAAGAAUGGACACCUUGCAGUGACGGCCCCUCGCCUAAACUCAAGAUGAUGGACACGUCAUGACCAAGCACUUCCUAUCCUCUCACAGGAUUUCCCAGAGUUCAUCAAUCACAUGACUACAGGCGGAGCUUCUCUCCACCAAUCAGAUGCCAGCUAGCUGCACCAAAGGCCUCUGCUUUUAGUUGUGAAAAUCUAGCAACCUUAUUUAUGAUUUGGGGGAUUAAUACUGUUUUAUGAAUAUUAUGAUUUUAUAUGUUGAAACCAAGAAAUAACAAUAUACGUGCAUUUUUUCUGCACUCUUGCUAGCUUAUUUGGGGAAUAUUGAUUUGUGGUUAGAGAAGAUGAUCUCAGAUGGCUAAUAAGGAAAAUCAGGGUUCAUAGUAGUUAUUAGCUUUGGUUCUCUUUAUGUUCACCAAUGAUUUAUUUUCCGUGGUUUUUGUGAUCUGCUCAAGCAGGCUUUUAAUGAUUUACCAUCCCUGUAACAUGCACAAUACUUACACAUCAGUUUAAAGUUCAUAGGAAAGGUAUUAUUUACUUUUUGUUGCUUGCUUUAAGAUGAACAGCAAUCAAAAAAUAGGGUUAAAGUUAUUCUACACAACAUUUCAACAAAUCUCUCAAAUCUAAUAUGUUAUUAAUAUUGGUUGGUUGUAAAAUGAGGCUUGAAUUGUAGAGAGUGUAUGCCAAGUGCAUUGAGGGUAUGCGUCAUGUACAAAGUGGUUCCUAAAUGGUAAUGUUGAUGAAAACACAACGAAACCCAUGUUAUUACAUUCUGAUUCAUUUACCAUUUCUUUUUAAUUGUAAGAUGUUUAAUUUAAUACAGAGUUAAAUAAAAGUAGCAGUAAGUGACAAUGAAGGUAUAAAGAUCUACAGCUCUCGGCUCAAUCCCAAAUCUGUGCCUCGAAAUGUUAUUUGAUAUUCGGUUUUAAAGAUGAGAAAUAUGUUGCCAAUUUUGUAGGAAUGGGAAGAAAUCCAAUAAUUGACACGAGGUUGGAACGAAGGUUUUUCCUUGCACACUCCAGAGAGGAAUAGGCAUUGUCCUCUUAAUACACUGGACACCAAGUAAUAUUUCUAUUAAUGCCAUUUUCCCAUCUUAUCACUUCACCAACCUUAUGGAAAACAAGUAAGAAAUUUAGCAGAUUUAUUAUUGUAAGAAACGUUGUUAGCUUUACAUUUAGUGAACUUAAAAAUAUGUAACUUGGCUUAAAUAUGUUUUAAUAUGUUUUUUUCUGAGGCAGUUUGUGUAUAUGUAGAUAUAAAAAUAUCGAAGCACUACUGUUCACAAACCAAAUGUAAAUGUUAUUUCAAAAGCAAGUUAAAAUUUGCCAUGUUAUUUUCUUGCACUAUAAGAUUCCAUGCACCUGUAAACUCCUCACAGCACAAAUAUUGUACGUUGCCUUGAUGCCAAUAUUGUUCAAAGAAAGAUGUUUAGUGAAACAUUGAGCGUGUGCCUUUCAUGUAGCCUCAUAGAGAGGAUUUAUGCUUAAAAACUGAAACACUGUAAAAAUACACCUGUUAAAUGCUCUCGUAUAAGUGCCGCAUUUAAUAUAUGUAGAACAAACUUAUAUUUUUUAUUUACCUUUAUAAAAUACUCCAAUACCGUUCACACCUACUCUUUGCCCAUCUGUUUCUUACUGCAUACUUGUGUUUUUGUUUUAUAAAGUUUGCUUAAUGUAAGUACCUGGAACAAAGUCUGUCAUUGGAAAGCAAACUGACAAUGUAUCCGAGCAUAUUAAAGAUGAUUAAAAGCUCUGUA